UAGAGAAACACCAUGAGACUUUUAUUUUAAAAUACCGCCCGGUUUCAAACCCGGAAGUGGCACAAAAGCAGUGAUUGUCCUGUUGUAACAUUGUGAUGUUUCAGUGAGAAAUGUCUCUUUAACACCAUCAGCUGGGACAACAUGACUGCAGUAAAGAGCAUACAGAAGGACCUAGAGUGUGUGGAACUGGGAGAAAUGCAGCAGAAAGACGAGAGCAGAGAGAAAACUCCACGCCGAGUGAUUCACUUCUCCAGCGGGGAGACAAUGGAGGAAUACAGUACUGAGGAUGAGGAAGAGCACACACACACACAGCCUGACCAGAACGACCUACAGUCCUCGGAAGAUACGUCAAAGCUGACGUGGGGUCCAUAUGUCUGGUUUCAGAUGUGGAGAGCUGCUACAAACACUGUGUCAGCGUGUGAUUAUGUGGGUGAGAGGAUGGCAUCAAUGUUCGGCAUCACGUCAGCCAAAUAUCAGUACGCCAUCGAUGAGUACAACAGAACCCACAAAGAGAAUGAGAAUGAAGACGGGGCUUCUCCUGUCUCAGAGGAGGCUGAGUCACGUUUUGAGGACAAAGUAAAUGAAGAAAUCCAGGAGCAGAACAUUGACAAGACUAAACUGAAUCAUGCAAAGGAGCUCCACACUGAGACUCCUCCUGAACCCGAGAAGCUCCACACUGAGACUCCUCCUGAACCCGAGAAGCUCCACACUGAGACUCCUCCUGAACCCGAGAAGCUCCACACUGAGACUCCUCCUGAACCCGAGAAGCUCCACACUGAGACUCCUCCUGAACCCGAGAAGCUCCACACUGAGACUCCUCCUGAACCCGAGAAGCUCCACACUGAGACUCCUCCUAAAUUUGAGAACCUUGAUGCUGAGGCUCCUCCUGAAGCCAAGAACUGCGAUGCUCCUUUUCCUGUACAGAGCAUGUAGCCACCUUCAGGUCCAUCACUGAGUUCUGCACACUGAGGUUCAUCCUGCAGCAGAACUUACAGCACUAAUAUAAACACUUUCCUGUUCUUCUUGUCUUUAAUAUCAGCUGUUUAACUCACUUUAACUUCAUCAGUUGUUUAAAAAAAGAUUGCACUGAUAUACGAUGUGGUUGUGGGAUUUAUUUAUAUUUAUAUUUAUAUUUAUUCACUGCUCAGAGCCUUAAUUUCAUGCACUAAACUUUCUACUUGGAUUUAUUUCAUAUUUAUUAUUUAUAUUUGUAAUAUUCUAAAUCAUUUGACUAUUUUUUACAUUUUUCUAUUUAACAAUGGAAUAAAUGUGUAAGUUUGGGAAAAUG